AUGGCCGAUCGGCGAGGCGACGGCAUGCGCCAGCAGCCGCCUUACUCGUCGGGCCAUCAGGAGCGGGUCUUCGACGGCGGAGGCGGUGGCGGCGGCCCGGCGUUCGGGAACGACUACGAUCCUGGAUCGUCCUACAUGUCGCUUCUUGGCUCCGGCGUCAACCCCCAGCAGUCGCUGCCGGCACAGCAGGCGUGGGGGGUCGACGACGUGGCCCCGCCGACCAUCAAUCUCACUCCUCACUUCUCCAUGGCGAACUACGUGCCGACGUCGUCCUACCAGCAGCACCAGACGGCUGCAUCCUUCGUGGCACCCCUCGCCGCCAACCUCCACCCCUACCCGUCGUCGUCGUCGUCGUCCUACUUCCAGGCCGAUCUGCCGCCGCAAUGGCCUCCGCGGGCAAUGGCGCCGUCGCCCUCCUCCUCCCUGCUGCCCCGCAACUUCACGGUCCACCAAACGCCGGCGUACCCGCAGUCGCACCACCACGAGCAGCAGAUGCACAUGCAGCUGCUGCGCGCGGCGGCGCUAGGCGGCCCGCACGCGGCGCCGGCGCCCCCCAUCGAGCAGCCGGCCAAGGACGGCUACAACUGGCGCAAGUACGGGCAGAAGCAGCUCAAGGACGCCGAGUCGCCGCGGAGCUACUACAAGUGCACCCGGGACGCCUGCCCCGUCAAGAAGAUCGUGGAGCGCUCCUUCGACGGCUGCAUCAAGGAGAUCACCUACAAGGGCCGGCACACCCACCCGCGGCCCCCCGAGCCCCGGCGCAGCGGAGCGGAGGACGCCGCCGCCCCCAGCAGCGCCGUCGGCGCUCAUCAGGACGACGAGCUGAGCGACGACGAGGAUGACGGCGAGGAGGGCAUUGACAUUGGCAGUGGCGCAGGUGGUCCGGCGGGGCAGAGGGUGGUGAGGAAGCACAAGAUCAUACUGCAGACGCCGAGCGAGGUCGAUCUGCUGGACGACGGCUACCGGUGGCGCAAGUACGGCCAGAAAGUGGUCAAGGGCAACCCCCGUCCGAGGAGCUACUACAAGUGCACCGCCGAGAAUUGCAAUGUGCGCAAGCAGAUCGAGAGGGCAUCCACUGACCCUAGGUGCGUCCUGACGACAUACACCGGGCGGCACAACCAUGACCCACCGGGCAGGGGAGCUGGAGCCGCCGUUGCCGCCGGGGCAGGCGGCGGCUCCUCCUCUGAUCCCGUGCCAUCCAUAGUGAACCCGUCUGGCAACACAUUGCACCAGCCAAGUGGCAUUCAUCAGCUAAAAGAGGAGAAUCGGGAUUAA